AUAAUUGUUAUAUGGGUUAUGCUAACAUUGAAAGGAAACAUGAGAGGUGCAAUAAAAUGUUCUCACAUGACUCCGCUCACUUUCCCAUUUGAAAUCUAGAUUUGAUUUAUGACCCCGUCUCAGCGUGAUUCAGUUCGGUUAUUAAGUGAAUUUAUGGAGAUUGAUGGACUUUUGUUGAGCCAUGUAGGAAAUGAAAACGGAAGAGAGCCAGGCGUGUAUAUUUCUUCUAAUCUGGUUGAAAAGGAAGAUUCUAGACUAAAGCAAUGUGGUUAGCCGGCAAAUUCUCAACCAUUGAAAAUUAACACUACCAAGUUUUUUAGGGUUCUAGAAAAAAUUUGAUAUUCCCUUACGUUUUUGAAAAAAUCUGAUAAAUUUGUCAUACAUCAAAUUUUUUAAAACUGCUGAUAAAAAUGCUUAUCGAAUUUUUUGAUUGCCUUACUGAAUUUUUUCGGGUGUUUUUGAUACUCCCUCUGGUCACUAUUAUAAGAAAAAGAAAUGACCGUCACUAUUAUAAGCAAAUGUUAAUAAUUUUUUCACUCACUCCUUUCUACUUUGCGUUUUACUAGCAUACGCAAGUUCCAUUCGAGCUUAUUGUUAAAAAGUGUACUUGAAAGUAGAAAGGAGCGAACCUUGCAGUUUCUUUCUCAUUCAAAACCAAAUUAAAAAACCACUAAAAUGUCGACCAUAGAAAAUGAUCAAAUCAUCGAUGAAUCAAACCAUUCAGAAACAGAACGAAAGCAAGAGAAAAACGAUGAAGAUGAAGAAGAUGAUUUAUCGAAGCUUCUCCUCCCCGAUGUUCAGAAUCUUCCCCUCAUUCCUCCUUCCGCCGUCGAAACCAAUUUCGUCACUUACUUCGCUCUAGAUUUUACUAAACCAGCUCACGAUCAAUACAUUUAUCGCCACGCCAAUGGGUUGUGUGUAAUUGGCUUGGCUCCUUCACAUAUUGCUUUUAAGGAUGAAGGUGGAAUCACGGCCAUAGAUUACAACGUUGGAAAGUCUGAUCGCAGCGGGGUUAAGGUCACCGGAAAACGGAAGAAGAAUGCACAACAAUUUGAGGCCAAUACAGCAUUGUGUAAAGUUUCUACCAAGAAAGAUUCUUAUAUUGUGAGGUGUUGCGUCAAAGGUUCUCUUUUGGAAGUUAAUCAACAAUUAGUCACCCACCCAGAACUGCUUAAUGUUUCGGCUAACAGGGAAGGAUACAUUGCUAUUAUGAUGCCAAGACCAGCUGAUUGGCUUAAGAUCAAGGCUUCCCUUGUUAGCCUUCAGGAGUACAAGAAAAUGAGGGAAGUCAGUUGUGAUAUAGAGCAUGUGGUGCCUUGUAAUGACACCUUAAAAGAGUCAGUGUAAGAAGCUCGGUGCUACAUCGAAGUGAUUGCAUGAUUUCCCCGAAUGACGCUUCAAUUACUAAUGCCUAGUGGGGUCCCAAAUGCUACAAAGUGAUUGAAUUUGAGAAAUGUAUUGGUGCAGUUGUGAGCCCCAUGGAAUUGGUGCCUGUCAAACUCAUGAGCAACAACCAAGAAUCUGGUGACAUUGGAGUAUCUGGGAAACCAUUCUCUAGGAUUUUAUCUUUUGUUGGAUUGAUGUUGUAUUUUAUUACUAUAAUUAUUCUAAACAUGAAUUUUUAAAACAAAUCAAGUAAAAUAGAUGCAGGUCUUUUGGUCA